CCCUAGAACCCAUUAUCCAAAACCCGAGAGAGAAAACCCUUGAAAUCUUUAGUUUCUUGAGACAACCGUAACAUAACUCACUGCGUUUGUGUCGCUUCAUUCUCUUUGCACUUGAAAUCGCCGUUGGCACAAAGAUGAAGGUUGUAGCUGCAUAUUUGCUUGCUGUGAUUGGAGGCAACAACAGCCCCUCCGCAAAAACCAUCAAGGACAUUCUUGGUUCCGUUGGAUCAGAAGCCGAAGAUGAAAGGAUUGAAUCGUUUUUGUCUGAAGUUAGUGGCAAAGAUAUAGCUGAGAUUAUUGCUGCUGGUAAGGAAAAGUUGGCAUCAGUGCCCUCUGGUGGUGGUGCUGUUGCUGUUUCCGCUGCACCUGCGAGUGGUGGUGGGGCUGCUCCAGCAGCUGCUGAGGCAAAGAAGGAGGAGAAGGUGGAGGAGAAAGAAGAAUCAGAUGAUGAUAUGGGUUUCAGUCUUUUUGAUUAAUUCUACAGUUGCUGUGUUUAUUGAAGUUUUGUUCCAAAGAGUUAAGACUAAUUGGUGUGAUUUCAUGUUAGUGAUAAAAACCUAUAUUGGAUGAAUUCAGUUUGAUAUUUUAGUUUCUUAAUGUUAUGAUGGAGUUAUAUUUUGGAAGUAGCUUAUUUCUUGUUUUACUUUUUCA